UCUCUCUUUCUCUCUCUCCGCUUUUUUUAUUUUUUUGUAUUUAUUUUAAGAGCACCCUUUUCCAUUUCUGUUCUCACACUUCAUUUCAUUCUCUUACACGCACUCACACACAGAGAGAGAGGAAUUUCAGUUUCUUCGCCAAUCAGAGAGCAAAGAUGUCGCCAACUGACUCUUCACGGGAGGAGAAUGUCUAUAUGGCCAAGUUAGCCGAGCAGGCCGAGCGCUAUGAGGAAAUGGUUGAGUUCAUGGAGAAAGUUGCAAAGACCGUGGAUGUUGAGGAGCUGACUGUGGAGGAAAGGAACCUCCUCUCUGUGGCUUACAAGAAUGUGAUUGGGGCUAGGAGGGCUUCAUGGAGGAUCAUCUCUUCCAUUGAGCAGAAGGAGGAGAGUAGGGGAAAUGAGGAUCAUGUUGUGAUCAUCAAGGAGUACAGGGGCAAGAUUGAGAAUGAGCUGAGCAAGAUCUGUGACGGCAUUUUAGGCCUUCUUGAGACACAUCUCAUUCCAUCAGCCUCAGCUGCUGAGUCGAAGGUGUUUUAUCUCAAGAUGAAGGGUGAUUACCACAGGUACUUGGCUGAGUUUAAGACUGGUGCUGAGAGGAAGGAAGCUGCUGAGAGCACCUUGUUGGCUUACAAGUCUGCACAGCAGGAUAUUGCUUUGGCUGAACUUCCUCCUACUCACCCAAUAAGGCUGGGUCUUGCUCUUAACUUCUCUGUGUUCUACUAUGAAAUCCUUAACUCACCUGAUCGUGCUUGCAAUCUUGCAAAGCAGGCUUUUGAUGAGGCUAUAUCUGAGUUGGAUACAUUGGGUGAGGAGUCCUACAAGGACAGUACCUUGAUCAUGCAACUUCUCCGAGACAAUUUGACUUUGUGGACUUCUGACAUCACGGAUGAUGCUGGGGAUGAGAUCAAAGAAGCAUCUAAGCGUGAGUCAGGCGAGGGUCAGCCACCUCAGCAGCAGUGAUAAGUUCGUAGGAUGUACUCUGUACUUUUAAAUCUCGAGACCUCUUACAUAGAUGGUAUGUGGAUUGUUGUAGCAGAAUUUCUCAAUGAACUGAGGAUCCUUGGGUGUUUAUAGAAGCACCUGGAUUGAAUUGUUCUGAAAGAUAUGAAUGUGCUUUUUAUUAUUGAUGAGAAGAAUAUGGUUUGGUGUU